AUGCCGCAGAACGCGGCCGAGCGCCGGCCGCACACCGCGAACAAGGUCCGGGAGCGCAUCUUGCUCGCGUCGCAGCGCGAGGCGAACCUCAGGAUGGAGUCGGAGCUUGCUGCGUUUGACUUGGAGGUGGCGCGGCACGAGAGGCAGGAGGCACUGGCGAAGCUCGAGAGGACGCGCGAGCGGCUGCGCAAGGUCGAGGCCGACGCGGCGGCGCUCCGCACGGAGGUGGAGAGGGAGCGCGCGAACCCGCUGAACGCGCGGCUGAACGAGGUGGAGUCGGCGCUGCACGCGGAGCGCGAAAGAAACGCGGACCUGUCGCUGCGCGUGGAGGACCUCGAGGCCCGCCUGCGCGACAGCGAGGAGCGGCGCGUCGCGGCGGAGGCGCAGCUGCGCGAGGACCGCGCGGCCGCCGCGGGCGAGGCGCGGGCGCGUGCGGCGGCCGGGGGGGGUCAGGGCGGUGCGGGGGGGGCGUCGCAGCAGGCGAGCGUGCCGACGGAGGCCCUGCGGCACUUGCAGCAGCAGGUUGCGGAGCUGCGGGGGGCGCUGGGCCAGGCCGAGGCGGCCGGGAGGUUGCUUGCGCGGGAGGGCGUGCAGCCGGGGGGGGCCGAGGAGGUGCGCGCGAAGGAGGCGGAUCGCCGUGCGGCGGUCGUGGACAGACGGAUGCGCGCGAUCGAGGCGGCGGUGCGGAGCAUGGGGCUGCUCGCGGGGGGGCUCGGGGGCGGGGGCUCCAAGGGGCGCCGCAGCCCGCACGUGGCGUGGGACGGUCGCGGGCGGCUAGGGCUGACGCAGAGCGCGGUCGGCGACGGGGACGACGAGGGCGACGGCUGGGCGGAAGGGCCGGAGGACGUCGACGACGCGCCGCCUCGUGGCUGGGGGGGGAGUAUUGGACAACAUCCCGGGGGACUCAAUGCGUCCUACGGGGCUGCGUCAGGCAGCCGUCCGCGGUCGCAGCGGCACAGCAGGUCGCCCGGCGGACGGCACAAUCGCAGUCAGGCCGCGCCGAGCGCGGCGCGCGCGACGCCCGGCGAGUUCAUCGACACGGGGUCUCGCGGGGCCUCCCUCAACGCGUCGCUGCGGCAGGGCCGCGGCGCGGCGCCGGCGCGCACCGUGGAGGACGCCGGUAUUCCGGGCUACCUGUUCCACCCGGAGCUCGGCCUGAUUCCGGAAUCCUCGCUCGAGGCACAGCAGAUGGCGCAACAGCAGUUUGCAGCGGCGCACACUCAGGCGCCGCGGCGUACCUCGCGGCGAGAACACGAGCAGCCCAGCGCGAGCGGGUUCCACAAUGAGCCGCAGCACCGCCCGCUGCGCAGCUCCCAGGCCAGCCUGCGCCCGCGGACGGCCAGCGCGUACGGCAGCCGACCGGCGUCGCCGCCCGCCUCGCCCCCUCAGCCGCCGCCCGCCCCGCCCGCGCCCGCCGCGAUCCCCGCGCCCGCGCCAAACCCGCCGCUCGCGGCGUACGCCCCGCCGGCGCAGCAGUGGGCGCCGCCGCCGCCCCGCGCCAAGCGCCGCAAGGGGGAGUUGGCAACGCCCCCCAACCGCAUGAGAGAAGAGGACCUGCAGCAGGCGCGCGUGGAGUACUUCGCGGAGCGGCAGCGCAUCAUGCAGCGCGUGGAGGCCGAGGCGAGGCAGCAGGCCGGCCAAGUGUGA